AUGUCUUUCUACGACAAUCGCUACUAUUAUCUCAACAAAAAGUUGCUGUCUAUUGUCGGGCAAUGGCCAUUUCAAUCGCGACUACAGAGUAACUUGAUGCUUGCCACUACAUUAUUGUUCAUGUGCAGUUUGACGGCUUUAGAGUUCUCGGGCUUAAUAGCUGGAAUAACGGAUCUCAACAUCAUCAUGGAGAAUACAUCACCGUUAUUGAUCAACAGCUUAAUCUUCGUAAAACUAAUCAACUCUGUCAGUAAUAAGCAUAAAAUGAAGGAUCUUCUAGAGAGUAUCGAAGAGACCUGGAAAAUGACACAAUUCGGACCAGAAAAUGAAAUAUUACGGAGUUACGCAGAACAAAGCAGAACAUUAACGAAACAAUAUGCAUUUGCUCUUUAUUCUGCAUGGAUCUUUUAUACUACAAUGCCGAUCGUCGUCAGUGAAAUAUAUUCGCUCCUACCGACAAACGAAACUUACACGGCCAGAUAUCUAUUUCGUUUGGAACACCUUCUCGACGUAGACAAAUAUUUCAACCUCUUGAUACUUCAUGGAAUUAUUAGUGUAUUCUAUUUAGUGUCGGUGGUAAUAGCUAUCGAUGGUAUGUUUGUCCUUUGCAUUCAACAUGCCUGUGCAUUGUUCGAGGGUAUAAGGUACAAGGUACAGCACAUACGAGGCUCUGAUUUUGUGAUGCUCAAACCGAAUAUAAUGGAUGAUGAAGCAUAUCAUGUCAUAGUUGAUUGCAUAAAAUCGUACAAACAUGCUUUAAAAUUUUCAGAUAUGCUUUCAUCCACUUACGAAACAUGUUUUUUAUUUUUAUUGGGAAAUGUUGUCAUAGCUUUAAGCUUCAACGCGGCAGAGUUGAUAAUGAUGGACAUUCAAUUGGAUGAAAUAAUCAGAAUCGUUGCUGCUAAUAUGGCACAAUUGUUCCAUAUAUUUUACUUGAGUUUGAUGUCUCAACGAUUGAUCGAUCACAGCAGCGGAUUCCAAGAAGCAAUUUAUAGCUGUGAGUGGUACAAAAUUUCAAUAAGAUCCAGACAUCUGUUAAGAUUCACAUUAAUGCGAGUUAUUAAACCAUGUCAAAUAAAAGCUGGUAAAAUGUACAUAAUGUCAAUGGAGAAUUUCAGCUCGAUAUUACAAGUAUCUGUGUCUUACUUCACUAUGCUCACAUCUAUACAAUAA